GCUUCUUAAAACAUCUACAUUAAUGAUCACAUCAACGGUCCAUAGUUCAGCCCAAUUUUUAAGGGAGAUAACUUUUGAUAUCAAGUUCUCCUCUAUUGGAGGCAGUUUUCUCAAAUAACAGCGGGAAAUUUCCACAUGUCACAUAUCAAAACAAACGUAAGUUUGCAUCAUUAGCUAAGUCCAGAUUUAAACAUUAGAUAAUGAAGAGUAGUAAAAGAAAAAGCAAAGGUUCUAAAGAGACAGACCCAAGAGAGACAACUACAUGUAGUAUAGAGAAUGUCCAAGAUGAGCUCAGACUGAGGUUUAGUCAGAAUGCACCUUCUCCAUCAUUACAUGGAUAUGAAAAAGAAAGAGGGCAAUUGUUUGAUUUGAUCAAAAGAACUGCCUCCACUGGUGAGAGUAACUCUGUACUGGUGAUAGGACCUAGAGGAAGUGGAAAAACUAUGACAUUGAACAGUAUUUACAAUGAACUGAUUGAAGAUGACAACCUCAGAGAGAACUUACUACAAGUCAAGUUAAAUGGACUUUUACAAACAGAUGAUAAAAUUGCAUUAAAAGAAAUCACACGUCAGUUACAGCUGGAAAACACACUGGGUGAUAAAGUUUUUGGUUCAUUUGCAGAGACUUUACAGUUCUUGCUGGAUGCAUUGAAAUGUGGAAGUCAGAGUUCUAAGCCAAUCUUGUUUAUCCUGGAAGAAUUUGAUAUGUUCGCCCACCACAAAAACCAGACAUUGUUAUAUAAUUUAUUUGACAUUGCCCAGUCAGACCAGGCACCAAUAUGUGUAGUGGGCGUUACAUGUAGACUUGACGUUAUAGAACUACUUGAGAAGAGAGUGAAGUCACGGUUUUCACAUCGGCAAGUGUAUUUCCUAAACAACUAUAGUUUUCAGAACUUUUGUGAUAUCUGUAUGUCUUACUUAAGGAUAGAAUCAAAACCAGGCAGCGGUGAUUUCAUCAAAGAAUGGAAUAAACAAGUAGAGAAAUUGAGUAAAGAUGGGACAGUCAGAGAUGUACUACAGCAACAGUUCCACUUCAAUAAAGAUAUUAGAGCUUUACAUCACAUUUUGAUGUAUGUUGUUUGUCAACUAAAUGAGACUCACCCUUUCCCAACACCCAGUGAUUUUGUAGAAGCAAUGAAAGUUACAUCUACAGACAGCAAAUCAGCAAUGUUGCAUGGAAUAUCUAUAUUAGAGUUGUGUUUGAUCAUUGCCAUGAAACAUCUGACAGAUAUUUAUGAUGGAGAGCCUUUCAAUUUUGAGAUGGUUUACAGUGAGUAUGCAAAGUUUGCUCAGAAAAGAUCUUCAAUGCAGAUGUAUGAAAAGGCAGUUGUUCUCAAGGCAUUUGAACAUUUAUUAGCAUUAGAACUUGUUAAGUCAACUGAUGGUUCAGGGACUCGUAUUCAGAAAGAGUACAGACUAAUGUCACUACUUAUUCAUCCAUCACAGAUCACAGAUGCAUUACAAAAAUACCCACAAUGCCCUACAGAGGUCAAACAGUGGGCAUCAACAUCAGUCAUAUGAUUUUGUUCUUUAGAUGGCAAGGAUAGGAAAAGAAGAACAGUGCACAACAUAGAAACUGAGAUUUAUACAAAUAAUAUUUGAAUAUCAAAACUUGAUAUAAAAAUGUGUUCAUCAUCUACUAAAGACGAGGCAUCAAAAACAUAAUAUUAUAGAAAUAUUCACCAAAUUAUGUUAUAUUUAUUUUUGUAAUAAUAAAUUCAUCCCAUUAGUUUU